AACAUUACCAUGUUUUACCUCUUUGCUCUCUUUUUGUUUCUGACUCUUGGCAGUGUGUUCUCGUUCUCAACCAUUGACCUCCUAUAUCUCGCUCUGAAUACUAACAAGACGAACAGAAACUCAGACAACUACAUUCGCGACAAGCACCAUCCCACCGCCACCAUCCACAACGACCACACCUCCAACCCCCUGCGGGACCUUUCCCUCCUGCCCAGAGUCCCAAACCUGCACAACCGCCGUCUUCUUCACCCCGACCGCCUCCUAUACAACCACUGUCACCUGCGUGCCGAAGCCAACCUGCCUAGGCGUUUACGAGGUAUGCUCCUUCGGAAGCGGACUCAGCUGCUGUUCCGGGUACUGUGCUGCCAGCCACUGUCGGAAUACCGAUCCCAACUGGCCGUACUGUCAGGAAGAUAUGGGGGUCUGUCGCGGGGAUGCGGAUUGUUGCUACGGGAAUAAGUGCGUGGCUGGGAUCUGUAUGCGAGGCGUGUGAUAGCGAUUGCCUUUAGAAGUGGUUUCGAACGGUAAUGUAGUGAUAGGAAGGAGAAAGCAAUGUGGGAUGGGCUGCGAUGGGAUAGGGGGUUUGGUUGAUGCUUUGAUGAGGUGAUGAAAAAGUGGGUACUGGGUUCUUAUGACUUUUAUGAUAAUGAUAGCGCUGCAG